ACUUAGUUUCUUCAGGAGUCCUAAAUGACGAUUUGUUUAUGAAGUCUUUUUCGCAUGUAUCCACAUAUGCGGGAGGAUGAAGUUGCUGAAUGCUGCCCAGUUUGUCGUGACAAUUGUAACUGCAAAGCCUGCUUGCGUCUAGAUGUGCCACUUAAAUUGAAGAACCCAAAGCCAGAUGUCAGUGAUGAUGAAAGAGUUCAAUAUGCUAAGUUUAUGCUACAGACACUUUUACCAUAUUUGAAGCAAAUAAACAGUGAACAAAUAAGAGAGAAGGAAGUGGAGGCUAAAAUACAUGGAUUACCACUCGAAGACUUGCUGAUAAAGAGUGCAGUAUGUGCCGUGAAUGAGCGAGUGUAUUGUGACAACUGCAGAACUUCUAUAUUUGAUUUCCAUCGGAGUUGCCCAAAGUGUUCUUCUGAUCUUUGCCUUAUGUGUUGUCGGGAACUUCGCAAUGGAGACCUCAAGGCAGGUAGGGAGAAAGUAGUGGUUCAGUACGUUGACAAUGGUUUUCCUUAUUUACAUGGCGGAGAAGCAAAAAGAGCCAAAAUUACUUCUGUGACUAAGGAUGAUAUACGCUUACUUUCUAAAUGGAAAGUGAUGAAAAAUGGAAACAUAUCCUGCAAUUGUGGUGAUGGCAUUCUUGAGUUGAAGUCUAUUUUCCACGACAAUUGGAUAUCGGAGUUGGUAAUGAGAGCUGAGGAUGCUAUUAGGUCUUUAAAUCUCGGGGAAGCAAACACAAAUGCAGUACAAUAUUGUUCAUGUCUUACUUCUACAGGUGAACAAGACUUAAGUGGCGAAAAGUCAAUAAAAUCUUCUUCUCGGAAAGAUUGUAGUGACAACUUUUUAUACUCUCCAAAGGCAAAAGAUAUUGUUCAUGAGGAUUUGAUGCAUUUUCAGCAGCACUGGGUGAAGGGUGAGCCAGUGAUAGUUAGAAAUACACUUGAAACUGGAUCUGGCUUAAGCUGGGAGCCAUUUGUUAUGUGGCGAGCAUUCCGCCAGAUAACAUACCAAAAGUGUGGGAAACGUCUGGAUGUACCGACCAUAGAAUGCCUGGAUUGGCAUGAGGUAAUCAUUAAUAUCCAUGAAUUCUUCAAUGGAUACUCAAAAGGCCGAUUUGAUAGUUGUAUGUGGCCUGAGAUGUUGAUUCUGAAAGACUAUCCCCCAUCUACUGAAUUUGAAAAAGUAUUGCCGCGCCAUGCUUUUGAGUUUAUUCAUAUCCUACCAUUUAAGGAGUACACACAUCCUAGACUUGGACCAUUGAAUCUUGCUACAACAUUGCCUGUGGAGUCUCUGAAGCCAGACCUGGGACCAAUGACGUAUAUUGCUUAUGGAACAACUCAAGAGCUUGGGCGUGGAGAUUCUGUAACCAAGCUGCACUGUGACAUGUCUGAUGUGGUGAAUAUUCUGACACAUAAUGCCAAAGUGUCCAUUACACAUGACCAGCAAAGAGAAAUUGACAAGUUGAAACUGAAGCACUAUGCUCAAGACCAAAGAGAGAUAUUCAAUGUCAACCAAGCUUACCAAAGUGCUGAAAAAGACUUGCAUGCUGGUUCGUCUAGUGAAGGAGUUGGUAAAAAGCAUGGUAGUGUUGAAUCAUCCGAUCCCCCUCGACAGGAUAACUAUGGUGUGGAUCCUGGGUUAGUUAAGCCCGAAUCUCCAAGGGUAUCUGAGAAAACCAGUAAAGACUCAAAUAUAGUUGAUGGUUGCAUCAUUGGUAGUGCUGGAACAUCUUCAAGUUCUCACAGUAAGUUGCUGGAAGUAGCUGAUGGUGGUGCUCUCUGGGACAUAUUUCGUAGAGAGGAUGUUCCUAAGCUGUCGGAAUACCUAAAGAGGCACUUUAAGGAAUUCAGGCACAUUCAUUGCAAUCCAGUGCCUCAGAGAGAUCUAUAGACUAAGAACAUUUUAGCAUAAUGCACUUUCUAAGUGGUGGAGCAGAGGAGUUAAUUGUUACUCUGUAUUAAUUUAUUAUUUUCUGCGUAGUAGUUAACUGCUUAAGUUAUGGUUGCAACUUAUUCAAUUUUUCAAUAAUGAUUUAUGUUGUCCACCCUAUUCAUGACCAGACAAUGUAUUUGAGUUCAGAGCACAAAAGAAAAUUGAAAGAGGAAUAUGGCAUUGAACCAUGGACAUUUGUUCAAAAACUUGGAGAUGCUGUGUUUAUCCCUGCAGGGUGUCCAUAUCAAGUGAGAAAUCUGAAGUCCUGUAUAAAGGUUGCCCUUAGUUUUGUCUCACCUGAGAAUGUAGGGGAGUGUAUUCGAUUGACAGAGGAGUUUCACCUUCUCCCCCCAAACCAUGAGGUUAAGGAUGACAAUAAGCUGGAGGUGAAGAAGAUGAUACUAUAUGCUAUCAAUCAGGCUUUGGAAGUUUUGGGCAUUAAAAGUUUUGGGCAUUCAAAUAUGAACUCAGAGUACAAAACCAAGACACGAAGAACAGCGAAAUCCAAGAAAUCCAGAAAAUAGCUGUAUUCAAGACUUUAUCUAGCAUGGUAUUUGCAAAAAAAAAAACCGUGUAUCUUUUGACCACUUUUGAUCUUUAUCAAUACAAUCAUUUUUUGUUGUUUUGAAAGCUUGGGAUGCAAUGGAAGAAACUAUUGAUGUUAAGCACUCUAAAGACAUCCAAAAAAAAGUGAAGUUCAUUU